AUGAAUCUAGCGUCACCAGAAGACGGCAUUAUUGAAAAUGAUGAAGUUACAGUACAAACUGCAGGACCACAACAUAUAGAUAAUUUUAUUAAUUCUAGUCUUUUAAAAUUUCCGAAAAAUGAAAAUUCAAACAAUGCAUUACCACAACACUGCAUAUUGGAAAGCGAUCUGCCAAAUGAAGUUGAAUGUAUGAGCGUUUAUGACAUUUCUACUCCAAUAGCUACCAGUUUACUUUUUCAAAAACAAAAUUCCCUGGUUUCAAAUUUUCUCCAACACUCUUCUAGUAGUAACAUAUGA